AUGCGCUUUGAGGCCAUCUGGUGCAUCACGAACAUUGCGGCGGGCGACACGUAUCACACGCAGGUCGUGGCGGAGUGCGAGGCCGUGCCCACCCUCAUCUCCCUCCUCUCACGCGGCACAGACCGCAUCAGGGAACAGGCCGCGUGGGCGCUGGGAAACAUUGCGGGCGACUCUGAGAUGAUGCGCGAUUACGUGAUUGAAUGCGGCGUGGUCGAGCCGCUCAAGAAGUUGAUCCAGACGAGUGGGCAGGUGCCGCUGCUGCGCAAUGCGUCGUGGGCGGUGACAAAUCUGUGCCGCGGCAACAAACCGCCGCCAGCACCGGCAGCCGUCCGCCCGUUUCUCGCCACCCUCCUCAAGCUCCUGCACUCUGGCGACGACGAGAUUGUCAUCAACGGGUGCUGGUGUGCGGUGUUCCUGAGCAUCGGCUCCACAGACAACAUCCAGCAAGUUAUUGAGACGGGCGCAUGCGCAAAACUCGUCGAGCUCCUGCUACACGACAAGUGGGCGGUGGUGACGCCGGCGUUGCGGGCCCUUGGAAACAUCGUCACAGGAAACGACAUCCAGACACAGGUCUGCACACAUGCACAUGCCUUCAUGUGCACACAUGUGCUCAUUUAUUGUGCACGGGCUGUCAAGAAGGAGUGCCUGUGGGUUCUCUCCAACAUUCUCGCCGGAACAGACGCACAAAUCCAGGCUGUGAUUGACGCGAAUUUGAUCCAGCUUGUGCUUGAUUCGCUCGAGCACGGCGAAUUCCGUGUGCAGCGUGAGGCCGCGUGGGCGCUCUGCAAUGCCCUCGCCAGCGGCGCCGACGACCAAAUCAGGUUCAUGGUGUCACAGGGAUGCAUCCCUCCCCUCUGCGCAAUGCUCAAGAAACACGACGCCAAACUCGUCGGGGUUGUGCUGCAAGGGCUGUACAGCAUAUUGACGGUUGGAAAGCGCCCGGCCGGCGAACAAAACGACUUCCACGACGCCAUUGAGCAGUGCGGUGGUCUUGAGACACUGAUGCUGCUGGCCGUUGAUGAGAACGAGAACAUCAGUCGUCGCAGCCGUCUCCUGCUCGAAAAAUUCCUCCAGCCCAUGCACGACGCCAUGGUCGAGUUGGAUCCGGACUUUGACGGACACAUGUACUCGGUGGAUCAGAUGCACGUCACCCCAAGCAAUUACCACGUCUGA